UAUAUAUAAUAAGGUCAAUGUUAACACUAUAGGUAUUUCAUUAUAUAAAUUAUUAACCAUUCAAUCGUUAAAAUUUUUUAUUUUCUACAAAUAUGAAGUUGUUAUAUUUGUCUGGUCUCUUGCUAUCAACAUUAGUAGUCCAGAUUUCUUCUCAACCUACUGAACUCGAUAAAAUAACAAGCAAAGUGCUGGAGUCUUUGGUCCGCCUUGCGGAGACGCCUUUCACAGACUUGGAAAAGGAAGAUCCUGUAAGAUUAUUAAGGGAUCAAGUUAAAAUGUUUUCAUAUAAAUUAUCAUCAAAAGGUGCCGAGAUAGCGAGAGAACUCAAUAAGGCCUAUGGUGAUGAUUCUUCGCUGACGCCAGAAACGAAAGAAAUGAAGAAAAAAUUAUUAGAAAAAUUUACCUACUUGACAAAAUCAUUUGACACGCAAAAUCAAACAAAAGAUAUUGUCGAAUUUCUGAUAAAUAGAUCUUUGAGUAUAAUACCAGAGAAUAUGCAGACAAAAUUAUUAAGCACAAAAUAAGACAUUGAUAUUUCGUUAAGAAAAUUACGAGUUAAAUAUGACAAUGAAAACUCGUCGAGAAAAAAAGACAAUGAGAAAAACAACGUUUUUUUUCACACAACGUUUUUUAUUAUAUUAAAUUUAUGAUAUUACGUUAAAAAUUUAAAAAUUUGUUUUUAAUUGAUAUAAUUAAAAGCAUAUUUUUAAACAA